AUGGCGGGGCAAGGUCUCGCUCGUAGGUUUGUGGACUGCUACAAAGUUCUGGGUCUUCCACCGACCUGCACAGAUGCAGAAAUCAAGAAAAAGUUCGCGGAACUUGCCAAACAAUUGCACCCCGACAGCGGUUCUGCCUCUCAGUGUCGAGAUAAGUUUCAGGCAGUGACGGAAGCGUAUAAGCAGUUGAGUGCGAAUCGUCGAGAGUACGACGCACUCUACGAGGCUCAUGUUGGUCUCGGCAGCAGAGACGGCUUCUCUUCUCUGUUUGGGAAGCAUGCGAAGACGGAGAAGUCGGAGGGACGAAGCUUCGUCUACCCUGGUGGCAGCGCCAAGGGAGGAGAUGCCUUCUACUACGAUUCCGCCUUCUGGGAGGCACUCCACAGCCAGCGGGCCUCCCGGCCUCAUGGCGCGUUCUGGGCGACACGGCAAACGACCUCGCAUGGCAAGCAGAAACUCUGGCGUUCUCUCGACGAGGACUUUUCCGAUUUCGAAGAAGACUGGAAGAGUGGGCGCAGCAGCUACGCGUCUCGCCAGGGGGGACCUCCCCGGCGGGAGGCGAAGGCGGGACGCAGUGCCUCAGACGGGAAGCCUGGAGAGCGUUCCCGCCCCUGCUCAGCCUCUGCGUCAGAGGCCGGGCACGGCCGAUGCGAAGAGCGCGGAAGCGCGCAACGACGGAGAUCGUGCGAGGCAGACGCGGCCGAGGGGAACGCGAGGCGGCGUGGCCGAGAACAUGCGGAGACAGAGUCCAGCAGCAGGGACAGGAGCGGCAAGGGAGGCGGGACGUUCUCCACGACGGGGAGACAGAGAGACGGCAUGCACCGCCAGACGCGGCGCGGCUUUGCCGUCUUCGAAGACGACUUGUACGGAGACGCGUCCGAAGAUGAAGGCAGCGAGUUCGACCCUGAAGACAGCUUCAGGGACACCGACGGCCCGUCCAGGUGGCGACGGGGGGGAACCCACGCACGCCGAGACAGAGGGGACGUGUACGGCUCCGUUGAGUCAAGUCGCCGAAGACGCACGCAUCCCGGGGCUUUCAAACGGUGGCAGCAGUGGCGCGAGGUGGACGUGUGUGUGAUGGAGGAAGUAGACGGCCGAGAGGCGGGGCAGAAAGAGAGAACGCGGAAAGAGGGCGUUCGGAAAGAGGGCGAGCGGGAGAAGAGUCGAGAAGGCGCGACGGACCGGCGCAGGGACGGAGACUCGUGGACGGCCAGGCCGUCUGGGGACCGGGACGCGCGCCGAAGUGGAGCGAAGAGGGAGAAGGAAAGGCCUCAGCAGCCCUCCUCUGAUGCCGUGUCUGCAGACAGUCGGAGACUUGAUGCAAGGAAGGCGCAGACACAUGGUCGAGCAGAGGGGCAACGGCGUCCAGGGUCUGGGAGCUCUGGCGAUCCCGUUGCGGAGUCAGCGAAAGGAAACCCGCGAGACUUCGCGAACGCGUUCCCCAGCACAAAACAGUGUCGGGACGAUGGACUGGGCCGAGAGAGUCACGCGUGCGAGGAGAGUGGCGACCGAGUCGAGAACCGGACGCCAGGCAGACGCGGCGACGGGGAGGCGAACGUGCGCCAAACAGACUUUGGCAGGAGCAGUCGAGAAGGAACCGCGCAGUUUGCUGCUUUGUCGCAAGACGGCGGGGGCCAGGGAGUCCCACGACGAGACGCACAAGAAAACACAGCGACAGAAAACGCGCACACGACUGACAGCCUCGAGUCUGAACAGGACGAUGCGAGCGGCAAUGCCCGAGAGACGGACCUGACCUCGGAGACGUCGAGCAGCCACUGCGGGCCGAGUGGGGAGUCGGGCGAGUUCUCUGCGGAGACGGACGAGGCAGGGCGCGAAGGCGGCGGCUCAGGCUCGGAAGCGAGACGCGAGCGCGCGUCUCCGUGGCAAGCGCGAGGCCAUAUUCCGCUUCAGGAGGUGCGUCGCGAAGACGCGCCGCGUGAGGAUGCGCCUCCGUGCGCAGAUAUAGCCGAGAAGGAAGACCAGGAGACGCUCCGCGUCUCGGAUGGGCGCGGUGCGGGCGCCGAAAACGGGGGGGAAAGUGCGCACGCGGAAAAGGUGGGAAGACGCAACGACCCAGCCAGUGGGGAGUGUGGUCCCCCGGGCGCUAGGAAGGGAGAAGACAGAAGAACCGGCGAUCCGCGUGGAGAUGACGCCCCGGAGCGGAUCUCAGUAGGUGGGCACUUUGACGUGUACGAGGCUGGCCGCCUGGGAGGAUCCCCCGGCGAGAGUGGAGAACCGCGGCGUCACAAGAAGGCGUUCUUCGACACGGACAGUGAAGACGAGGAAGGCUCGAUCUUCAUGCGGCAAGGGAGCGCGGAAGAGGGGUUCGACGGCGAGGGAAGCGAGGAUUCGGACGACAGCGACGACGCGGGAAGGCGGAACGUUUGGGAGGGAACGAGAAGAAAUGCGUCUGGUGGCAGCGACGGCGGCGCGGACGCUGGGCGCGACGGCGGAAAAGGACGGUACCACGCAGCAGGUGACGACGACGGGUUCUGCCUCGGCAGCCAGAAAGCGAGAACGGGGGCGUGGUCGCCUGGCCAGUCCACUCGCGAUUUCGAGCAGGAACUCAGAAGUGGGAAACACGACGCGCAGCGGGAAGACCGAGGGCCACGCGGCCUGAAGGAAGUUGAUGUCUAUACUCUCGCGUCGGCUCUCCGAAGGAAAGGGAAACGCCAAGUGCUGCCUCGUAUGACCUACUCAAACCGAUGUGGAAACGAGAAUCGAGUUGAGGGAAUCCUCUUCCUUGAUGAGAUGCCCAUUCGCGAUUGGCUGAAGACCUACGGCGACCGUGGACGCGUGUACGGUGUCUAUCGCGACGGCGCGUUUUUGUACAGUUUAGAAUGGAAGAAGAAGCACUGGGGGAAGGUCGCAGAACACGCUAGGUACUGUGACGCCUGUCGGAGGAGAGACUACUAA